CUCCUUUCCAUUCCAUUUCUUGUUCUUCUUGUCUCUUGACUUGAAUUGUCUUGUGUUUUUUGUGUGAAGUGAAAAUGUGUUGAAAAUGUUGAUUUUCCGCUAAUAUUUUUAAUUUUAAUUGUUUUAUUAGUUUUCCCUGCUAUCGAGUUAAUUUUAAUCGAUAAAUUGAGAUUGGACAGAAAACGUUGAUCGAGGAGUUUGCUCCACACCAUGGAGGCGCUGAACAGUCAGCUAAUCUCCAAAGCGAUCAAUUUCCACGGCCAGCAACUCCAAAAAAUCUGGGAGGGCGAGUUCGGCGAAAACGACCUGAGCCGUCGCAACAUCAAAGAUUUAAACUUUCAAGUGUACGGCCAGCGCCAGAAGAACUUGUCGUUCCAGGACCGCGGCAAGCGGCUCAAGCUGCAACAAUUUAUCGUGAAAAAGGCGAACGCUAUUUUUUCCAUGCAGCCUUCGAUGAACAGAACUAAUCCGGUGCCGCCUGCGUCUGAGGAUUUGUACGCUGUUACGCCACCUUUUGAGACUUAUAUUAAUGCUGAUAGACAGAAGCGGUUGAUAUUUUUCUCUGAGAAUGUUAGAGUGGGUGACCUUAUUUUGGGUACAAUUGUGAGCAAACAGCAAUCUGGAAUGAUGCUGAAGGUUUUGUGUACCGCGGGUAAUGACGGUAUUGUCAAAUAUGCGGCUGAUAUCAAUGUAAAGGCAUUUUGUCCAGUGGCAAAUGUAAUUCCGGCCGUGGACAAAAAAGGUGUCUCGCGCAGUUACAUGAUGAACGACUAUGUCUGUUGCGAAGUGUUGGAAGUCAUUGCGGACACUGAUAAAAUGGUUUGUGGCAUGAAGGGCGUCACCAGAAAGCCGGGCGAUCCCGAACAUCGCCCCCCAUUGGGUCUUAUCAGUACCGACGAAUUUCCAGCAGUUUAUAAAAAAUCUCUGGAUCAUAAAAAUGAAUCUUUCGAAUCCGUUUUGGAGAAGAGCAUUGGCUUCAACAAUCCCAACAACAUUCAGUAUUUGGCCGACCAAAUGGGAAUCAAUGAGAACCUUUCAAUUGUUAAUUCUUUGAGAGGGAGAUAUCCUGACAACGAAUACGCUCCCGAAUUACGUCAAGUACAAGCCAGCAAAUGGGCCUACCGUAACGUGGCUGACGGUAUUGACCAUUUCAAAGCUGGCAAACAUGUGGAAGCAUUUCAAUGUCUUAACAAAGCCCUGAACAUCGAUCCAAGGAAUGUUGAAGGAUUGGUGGCACGUGGCGCCCUCUACGCCAACAGUGGCAACUUUCAAAAAGCCAUUGAAGACUUUGAAACGGCCCUAAAACUGAAUCCUAGCCACGCAAAUGCUAGAAAGUAUAUGGGCGAGACGUUAGUUGCACUAGGACGCAGCUACGAAGAGGAAAAUAAGAUCGAUGAUGCUAGGAAAGCUUAUCAGAGUUGUCUUACUAUUAUCCCUUAUCAUGAAGAAGCUAAGAAUUCCCUAGAGUUUUUAAAGAACAAAGAAAAACAGACCAGUAAAAAUUUGAUAGAGCCAACUGAAUUGCUGUUGCCCAAUUUGCCUCCAUCUAUAACCAAACCCGCAGCUGGCGGAAAUGUCAAUGAUGCCCUGAAGCAACUCUUGAAAAACGAAGAAGAGGAAAAAAAAGACAAGAAAAAGAAGAAAAAGGAAAAGAAAAAACUAAAAAAAAAGCAAAGACAUUCGAGCUCUAGCUCCAGUUCAAGUUCCUCGGGCAGUGGAGAUAGCUCUGACAGUUCUUCGAGCAGCAGCAGCGAUUCUAGCUCCUCAAGCGGCGAUUCCGAUUUUAAAAAGCACAAAAAGGCACGUUCCAAACGCGAGAAACGCGAACACUCUUUGAGCCCCCUGAGCAAAAGAAUGGCAAUGAUGGACGCGCAGUCUCAAGAGGCUUCGACCAGUUUCAACUUCAAUAAGCCAGCAGUGGCCGCUGGGAGCGGUUUUGAGUUUGGAUUUGAGGCUCCUGUAAAGCCCAAAGGCCAGGACGAAUACGAAUUGAAGCUGAAGAACUUUUUAUUGGAAAAUAAAGACGAUUCUGAUUAUGAAAUAAAGUUGAGGAAGUUUUUGGAGGAGAGUGCUAAAUGGAAAAAAGGUAAAGGUGAUGAUAAGAAGAAAAAAAAGAAGAAAGAUAGGAAGGUGAAAAAAGAGAGCAAAAAGAAGAAGAAGAAAGAGAAGGAAAAGUUGAAGCGUAAAGGGUUGGACUUGGAUUUGGAUGAUCACAAGAAAUUGAGGGAUGCUAUUAAAAAGGAAUUGAGCAAGGAAAAGAAGAAGAAACAUACUGUUCCACCUGAGGAAGAUGAAUAUUUUUUGCAAAAAUCUGGGGUCUCCAAGAGGUUUAUUGAAAGUCUGCCAGAUUUGGAGGAACUGGAAUCCAAACUUAAUGCUUAUUAUGCAUUGGAAAAGGAAAGCAAGAGAAGCGACUUGAGCGAGUCGCCCAAGCAUCACAUGAUGUUGGACUCGCCGUCGCCCACUCGCGAACAAAAAGCCCGCCAGGCUGUCGCCGAGGCCACAGCUUCGGCGGGAGGCGGCAAGUGGAAGAUGCACGCGGGCGGCAGCCAACAGCCGCCGCCGCGUCCCAAAAAGAAGCUGAUGGAUCGACCGCCGUCGCCCGAAUGGCCGCCCGAGUUGCCGCCAGAGAAAAUCAGAGCCAGAAAUAGCUUCGAAGAAACCCUAUCCAUGAAGAAAUCCUCUAUGCCACCAUUACCGCCGCCCGAAAAAGGCUUAAGCAUCCGCAAACAAAUGGCAAUCAAAGAAUCGUCAUCAUCUAAACCAAGAUCUGACUCACCCAAGAAACCGUCAAAACUUUUCGCACCUCCCAUGCCCCCGCCCGGCCCGAAAAUCCCUCAGGGACAAGUCGUCUUGGACAAAUUCGGCAAUUUCCGUCUGAUGACGCCGCCAGAAAUCAAAAAAAGCAAAGAAAUGCUAGGAGCCAUGGGCAACAAUCGCCCUCCAGAACCGCCGGGCAGGCCGCGUUCGGACAGCCGAUCGCCGAAACGUCGCAGCAGGUCCAGAUCCAGAGGGUCCAGGUCGCGCAGCAGCAGCAAUUCGCGUAGCCGCUCGCGCAGCUACAACCGGUCGAGAUCGCGCAGUUACGCUUCGCGCAGCCGCUCCCGUUCAGGAUCCUUCUACUCGCGGAGCAGAUCCAGAUCCAGGAGUUAUUCUGGAGAUAGGAGAUUCAGGAGGCGCGGCGGUGGUAAUUUCAGAGGCAACAACAGGAAUGAUAGAGGCACUUAUUAUAAGCCGCGUUAUCAGAAUCCUAGAUAUGAUAAUCGUGGCGGUAAUAGAGGAGGAAGAGGCGGUUGGAACAGAGACAGAUACGAUAACAGAAACUACAGAGGUAGAGGCAGGCCAUAUGAUUACAAUAGAGGUAAUCGUAGACACCCAAGAGGAAGGUACGGAGGUAACCGUGGUGGUGGAUACAGAGAUAGAAGAUAUGACAGGAGCAGGUCUAGAGAUAGAAGCAGGUCGUACAGUAGAUCGGGUUCUGACGAUUCUCCAAUCAGGAGAACUCGCGAUAGAGAAGACAGCGUCAACAAAGAAAAGAUUAACAAGUACUCAGAGGGGGCGCCACCCGCUCCUGGCCAAGAUGACGGUCCUCCUGGGGUGGAUCAAGAAAAGCCAGCUAGACAGGAAGGUCCUUUGUCUGAUGGCGAAGACAGGGACGAUUAUACUAAUAAUGAGCCUGCUACAGCUCAAGCUGGAGGCAGUGAUGGUGAAAAGUAGUUUUAGUAGGUAGGAUUUUAGUGGUGAAAUGUAUUCAUAUACAUACAUAUUGAUUUAAAUAAAUAUUUUGUUUUGUGUAUUUGAUUGAAAAAUAUAAUUCAAUGUAUCUUGAGGUUUUUUGUUUAAUUUACCCAAAAUAAAAAACAAUAAAUACUGGUCAUCUAAUUUAUUUAUUCAAAAACUUGCUGCACGUUCAACUGUAGUGUCUUCAUAAGCCUGUAUGGCCAAUUCCAAGGCAGCUUUUUUAUUGGCGGAUUUCUUGAUGAAAUCUUUGAUUUGGUCCAAUGGUUGCUCUCCUUCAAAUGAAAUUUUGUGAACCAGAGAAUAGACUGCAAUUAAAUCCUGGGCUUCGUGUAUGUGUAAAGUUUCUAUAAGGUCUAGGAGUAAGUUGUCGAUGAUUUUGUUCCAGACCAAGAAGAAAGUUAAGGAACCAAAAUGUCUUGUGGAUCUAGAAAAUAAUUUUUAUG